AUGUCAACAGUUUACUCCGCCACGUACUCUGGCGUCCCCGUGUACGAGUUUCUCACGCCUGCGGGACUGAUCAUGCGCCGCCAGUCCGACGGCUGGGUUAACGCUACACACAUCCUCAAAGCAGCCGACUUCCCCAAAGCCCGUCGUACGCGUAUCCUUGAGCGCGACGUCCAGACGGGGGUACACGAAAAGAUUCAGGGAGGUUACGGGAAGUACCAGGGCACAUGGGUACCCCUCGCGCGCGGCCGCGAGAUCGCGCACGCAUACGCGGUUGCAGACAUUCUCGCACCUAUCUUCGACUUC